AUGUAUAGAAUCCUUACAGCCGAGCUCGGCCGGCGGGAGGACCGGCAGAGGCCAGGCAGCCCAGCUUCGCCAAGGCUCUCGGUGUGCGGGGCUCGCAGGCCCCCGGCACGUGCCAGCCCCACCGCCACCACGGCCAAGAGGAAGGUCAGCUCCGCCGAUGGGGCGGCGAAGGAGGAGCCCAAGAGGAGGCUGACAAGGCUUUCAGCGAAACCGGCUCCUGAAAAAGUGGAAACGAAGCCAAAAAAGCGGCAGGAAAGGAUAAAUCUUCAGACAAAAACGUGCAAAACAAAAAGGAAAAGGGGAGCAAAGGGAAAACAGGCCGAAGUGGCUAACCAAGAGACUAAAGAAGACUCACCUGCAGAAAACGGAGAAACUGAAAACGAGGAGAGCCCAGCCUCUGAUGAAGCAGGAGAGAAAGAAGCCAAGUCUAAUGAAUAUCACACACUUGGUCCUAUCAGUGGUUCCCGUUUCCCUUCUUGUACAAUACAGAGGAAUAUUUUUAUCAACUAUUUUGUAAAUGCAAAUUUUUAAGUAGCUUUAGAAACAUUUUUAAAAAGGAGGGAAUCCUACCUCAUCCCAUUUUUUAAGUGUAAAUGCUUUUUUUUAAGAGGUGAAAUCAUUUGCUGGUUGUUUACUUUUUGGUACCACCAGAAAAUAGUGGGAUAUUGAAUGUGGCAGGCAUUGUCUUGGGUGCCAGCUUAACA